AAUAAGAAUUUUGUUUCUUUCCUUCUCUUACAAGAUCCUACAAUAUUAAUAUACAUUAAGCUUAACUCAUCCACAUGGACCAUAUCAAACAGCAUUAGCCAAGAAACCAAGAAAUCUCUCCGGGAAAAAAAGAAGAAAAUGAAGUUUUGGAGCUCGAGAUUAUCGUUUCUAAUCGUGGUGAUCUUUUUCUUCGCCGGACUUCGUAUCUCCUCAGACGCCCGCAAGCUUCCUAGCAUGACGGCUACGGAGGAGUUCCAAAAACAGUUUCCGCAGCUAAGAUUUGACGGUGAGAGAAUGUUACCGGAAAGGAAAACUGGCAAGAAGAACGAUCAGAUCUACGGAGUUUCAGUUAGAGAAGUUCCCGACGGUCCAAACCCCCUUCACAACAAAUGAUACGUUCCAUAUUAUUUAGUUUAUGCUAGGUUUUUAUUUGAGAAAGAAAUUCUCAGUUUUCUUGUCUGAAAAAAUUAUCUCAUGUAGAUAAACACACACACACAUAGAAACUUUGUAGGGUUUUUGUAUUUAAAUUUAUUACAUACGACGUUAAAAUCAUGUUUCAAGUUGAUUUUUGUUUUGUAUUAGCUAAAUAAGAAAAAGAUACGCUAGUUUAAGUUUA